GGAAGCACCCUGAGGGCGGGGCGCUUUGGGGUCCCCAUGCCUGGGUGUAGGAGGCCCCCACAGGUGGGGACAGGUGUGUGGGGACGGGGGUUCAGGCUGGGGGGCUCGGGGGUCCCUGCCCACAGAGCCUGCUGAGCCCCUCCAUCUGGGGGGAGGCCGGAGUGUGGCGUGGGGUCACCCCAGGGUCAGCCCGCUGCCAGGGUGUCUGGUGACAGCCCGGGGGUGGGGACAGGUGCCAGCGGGCCAGGCCAGGUUGUCCGAGAGGGACCGCGGAGUGGGGAGAUGGCCCCUGCCCGCCCCUGGACCUCCUCCCCCGGGGGGCCGGCGCCCACCUCACCCUCCACCCGGGGCGGCCCAGGGUCCGAGGCCGGGUGUGGGACGGGGGCGGGGGCCCUCCAAGGUGCUCACCGCCCGCCGGCGGGAUCUGGGGGCCCCCGGGGUGCCAGCCCCCCGCCCCCCGCCCCCGGCCCCCCGCCCCGCGGGCUGCGGACCCCGGCCCGGCCCCGCCCCCCCGACCCGCCCCGAGGCCGCCCGGGCGGCGCUGUGGUGAAAGUGACCGGUCGGCCAGGGCGGCGGCAAGAUGAGCGAGGCGGCGCUGGUGGAGGGACAGUGGAAGACCAGGUGGCUGGUGCUGCGCAGGCCGUCGCCAGUGGCAGACUGCCUGCUGCUCCUGGCCUACAAGGACCGCGCGGAACGUGCCCGCGGCCUGCGGGAGCUCAGCAGCCUGACGCUGGAGCAGCUGUGCGGCCUGGAGCCGGGGCUGCCGUACGACGGGCUGGCGCACACGCUGGCCCUGCUCUGCCCCGCGCAGGCCGUGCUGCUGGGCUUCGACAGCCGCGAAGCCAUGUGCGCCUGGGACGCCCGCCUGCGCCAGGCGCUCGGAGAGGUGCACAGGUUCCCCGUGACGGUGGCCCCCGGCACCCGGCUGGACGGCGGCCCCGCCACCCUGCACCUGUGCAACGACCUGCUGGCCGUGGCCAGGCACGUGCCUCCUGUGGUGAGCGGCCGGUGGCGGCUGCCCGACCUGCGGCGGUUCGGGGCUGUGCCGGGCGGCUUCAUCUUCGAGGGCGGCACCAGGGGCUGGGGUCUUCUUCCUGUCCACGGCGGAGGGCGAGCACAUCAGCUUCCUGGUGGACUGCAUCGUGCGCGGCGUCUCCCCCUCCCGGGGCCCCUUUGGGCUGCGGCCGGUGCUGCCAGGUGACCCGGGGGCACCGGCUGCCACAGAGGACCUGGAGAUGCUGCAGCUGGAGAAGAGACUCAGCCUGCUGGCCCAGGGGGCAACGGGCUGCCCAGGGGACGACCGCAGCCUGUCCAGCUCGUCCUCGGAGGCCAGCCACUCGGACGUCAGCGCCGGCAGCCGGCUCGGGGCCUGGCCGGAGGCGUCGUCCUCCUCGGCCGCCACAUCGCAGGAGGGGCUGGGUGCCCAGGCCCCGGGGGAGGCUGCCGGCCCAUCGCGCCCCCCGCCCCGGCCCCCCCGGCCCCCGCGGCAGCUGCAGGAGGCCGGGCGGCAGGGCUCCUCCGACAGCGGCAUCGCCACCGGCAGCUGCUCGUCCUGCGCGGGGAGCAGCCUGGACGUGUGGCGCGGGGCCGAGGAGUGCGCCCGCCCGCCCGCCCCGUGCGCCUGCCCGCCCGCCUCCGAGUACCAGGUGCCCGGCGCACCCCGGCCACACUAUGACACGCCCCGCAGCCUGCGCCAGCUGCCCAGGGACCCCCCGGCGGGUGAGGACGUGUCCUGCCACCAGCCCCGGGACUCGGGCGACCCCCCCGCCCCCUCCUUGGCCUGCCCAGUCUGCGGGGGGCUCAAGGUGAACCCCCCACCCUGAGCGGCAGCUGGUGGCGCCUGCAGACAGGACCGGCCCGUGGGGGUGUGGCACUGGCUCCACAGCCCCUGCCCAGCAGCCCUGCAGGGGCUGGCCACCGUCCAGGAAGCAGGCCCAGGACCCUUGGCUGGGAACAGGGAGCGGGCAGCAGGGCCCCCAUGGCCGCCUGGCUGAGCCGGAAGGCGGGGUGGUGCAGAGACCGUCCGUCUGUCCGUCCCGUCCCCCCCUCCCCCCCCCCCCCCCCCCCCGUUGGCUGGAGGCCUGGGCCACCCUGCACACGUGGGGUCUGUUUGUAUCAUGUCCUUAGCCUGGAAAUAAAGCCCCGUUUUCUUA